UAUUGAGUUUGUUUUGGCUUUCUAAGAUUAAGAAAUUAGUAAAGAAUUUCUCUGAUCCCGCUGCGUAUUCCAGCGCGAUCGGUUGAUUUUCUUUAAUUCGUUUUUUUCUUUUUCUGGAUUGCCCACUUUCUUUGAAACUUUUGAUUCUGCCCAGCUAAAAAAAAUUGUCAAUUUGGGUAUCUCCGUAGGUUUUUUGGAUUCUUGAUUGAUGUGAAAUUUUUGUUUUUUUGCUUCCAAGAAUCUUGCGCUGAGGUGAUUUUGUUAAAUUGAAGAUUAAAAAACGGCACGAUUUUGAGCGUUGUGUUAAUUAGGUUGAAAUUUGGGGGUGAAGAGUUGACAUUUAUGUGACUGGUAUAAAAGGGGCAAUAUUUGAUUGACAUUUUUUGAGGGGUUGAUUUUGGUGAGUUUUGUGUUUAGGGAUACUUGUGGUUGUUGAUUGAGGUAGCGGCGUGGUUAGAAGAAAAAUAUAUAUAUAUAAAAAAUUGUGAAUGGGUGAGCAUUUGGUGGUGAAUAUGGAGCAGCUGCCGAAGCCUGAGGUAGUUGAGCAUAGCCAGCCGGUUGCUCAAGCUGUUUCAUGUGGUUCCUCGGGGAAGAAGUCUGAAUUGGUGGGAUCCUCAUCAGCAUCAGCGCCGGAGGAUGAGAAAGUGGUGGUGGUGGUGGUGGGGAAUGAGGAUGCAGACGAGGAGGCGCCCCUGAUAGGAAUGGGGGAGUGCCGAAUUUGCCAGGAGGAGGAUUCGAUAAGUAAUUUGGAGAGCCCUUGUGCUUGCAGUGGGAGCCUUAAGUAUGCUCACCGCAAAUGUGUUCAGUACUGGUGCAACGAGAAAGGAGACAUUACUUGUGAGAUCUGCCAUCAGCCAUAUCAAUCGGGCUACACUGCUCCCGCACGGCCUCCAUCGGAUGAAACCAGCAUUGAUAUUGGGGGUGUCUGGCAAAUCGGCACUACCCUUGAUAUGCACGACCCUCGACUACUGGCCAUUGCUGAGGCUGAGCGCCAGUUGUUUGAAGCUGACUAUGAUGAUUAUAACGGUACAAGCAACAGUGGCACAGCAUUUUGUCGUUCGGCUGCUUUAAUUUUGAUGGCUCUUCUGCUACUGAGGCAUGCUCUGUCCAUCACCGAUGAUGGAGAUGGUGAGGGAGAUGAUGACGCUUCCACCUUCUUCUCUCUGUUCUUGCUCCGAGCAGUCGGUUUUCUCUUGCCUUGCUACAUCAUGAUCUGGGCCAUCAGUAUCUUGCAGCGACGCAGGCAAAGACAGGAGGCUGCGGCUCUGGCAGCAGCUCGGUUUGCUAUUGUCGUUCAAGCGGCACAAAGCAGAGGUCUCCUUGUCGCCUCAGCCGCACCCGCAAUCGCUUCACAGGCGACUCCUCACCUCGAACGCCUUUGAAUUUUAAGUGGGAGCCCUCCUGCUUGGCAUGUUUGUAUAAUUCAUGCAAGAAGACACCCUUGCUCUUGACAAACAACCAAUGUUAUUGUCUGAAUCUUUUAGGCUUCUUUUCUUGUAUUUGAAUUUAUAUAAUGCACUUGAAAACCUAGCAAUCUUCUCACGUGUGCA